AGCACUCAGCAACAAAGUGUUAAGUUUCAGGCUCAGCAUUUUAUUGUUCACUGAGAAUGAAGACACCAACUGGAUUUGACUGCUACUGCAGUAAAUGUGUUUUCACGAUGUAACCUUGCACUGCCUCUUUAGUGCCGACUCUUCUGGAAAAAGGUAAUUAAGAAUGGGUCCUCAACGAUGCUAAGUCUACAAUGGGAAGUGUCACACUUCGUUAUUUCUGCUAUGGGUGCCUUUUCACAUCUGUGACCUGGACACUUCUGCUCUUUGUUUAUUUCAACUUCAGUGAAGAGAACCAAUCCUUCAAGAAUGUGCCCGUCAAGGGGCUGGAACCUCAGAGGCCAUUUCCAAAAAAAUUCUAUCCCCGUUUUACACGUGGGCCUAUUCAUAUACCUGAAUUGCAGCAGAAAGAGAAUAAGAUAGGAAAUCCUCUUGGAAAUCAUGUCCAGGACCCAGUUAAGGGGGAGGUAGAAUUUUCUCCUGAAAUGGGAAUGAUUUUUAAUGAAGAUGACCAGGAAGUGAGAGACUUGGGCUAUCAGAAGCAUGCUUUCAAUAUGCUUAUCAGUAAUCGGCUGGGAUACCACAGGGAGGUGCCUGAUACAAGAGAUGCAAAAUGUAGAGAGAAGUCCUACCCUUCUGAUCUGCCAUCUGCCAGUGUUAUUAUCUGUUUCUACAAUGAAGCACUUUCUGCCCUGCUUCGCACAGUACAUAGUGUCCUGGAUCGCACUCCUGCACACCUUCUUCAUGAAAUUAUUUUGGUGGAUGACAACAGUGAAUUGGCUGACUUGAAGAAAGACUUAGGUGAAUAUGUUAAAACUCAGCUUCCAAAAACUACAAAAUUGGUAAGAAAUGAGAAGCGGGAAGGCUUGAUUCGAGGAAGGAUGAUUGGAGCCUCUCAUGCCACAGGGCAAGUGCUGGUAUUCCUGGACAGUCACUGUGAGGUGAACGAGAUGUGGUUACAACCUCUGCUGACUCCCAUCAGAGAAGAUCGCAGGACUGUGGUGUGCCCUGUGAUUGACAUAAUCAGUGCUGACACGCUUACCUACAGCUCUUCCCCGGUGGUGCGUGGAGGGUUUAACUGGGGCCUGCACUUUAAGUGGGAUCUUGUUCCUGUGUCAGAACUGGAAGGACCCGAGGGAGCCACUGCUCCAAUCAAGUCACCUACUAUGGCUGGAGGCCUGUUUGCCAUGGAUCAUGAGUACUUUAAUGAACUUGGACAGUAUGAUAGUGGCAUGGACAUCUGGGGAGGAGAAAAUCUGGAAAUAUCUUUUCGGAUUUGGAUGUGUGGCGGUAGACUUCUGAUCAUCCCCUGCUCCAGGGUGGGACACAUUUUCCGUAAAAGACGUCCCUAUGGCUCACCAGGGGGACAGGACACUAUGGCUCAUAACUCACUGAGGCUGGCACAUGUGUGGAUGGAUGAAUAUAAGGAGCAGUAUUUUGCUUUGAGACCUGAGCUAAGGAUGAGGAACUAUGGAAAUAUUACUGACCGUGUAGAAUUGAGAAAAAGAUUGAACUGCAAGUCAUUUAAGUGGUAUUUAGAUAACAUCUAUCCUGAGAUGCAAAUAUCUGGGCCCAAUGCCAAAGCUCCGCAGCCAGUUUUUAUUAACAGAGCACAGAAACGACCGAAAAUAAUCCAGCGUGGAAGGUUGUAUCACCUUCAAACCAACAAAUGCCUGGUUGCCCAGGGCCACCCAAGUCAGAAAGGAGGCCUGGUAGUGGUUCGGGAAUGUGACUACAACGAUCAAAACCAGGUCUGGAUUUACAAUGAAGAUCAUGAGCUGAUUUUAAAUAAUCUCCUUUGCUUGGAUGUUUCGGAAACUCGCUCCUCUGAUCCACCUCGUCUCAUGAAAUGCCAUGGAUCCGGCGGCUCACAGCAGUGGACAUUCGGGAAAAACAACCGCCUCUACCAGGUCUCCGUGGGGCAGUGCAUGAAGGUGGUAGAUCCACUUAGCCACAAAGGGUAUGUGACCAUGGCCAUCUGUGAUGGGUCCCUUCCUCAGCAGUGGCAUUUUGAGAGCUGAGCCAGCGAGGAUGCAGCUGAGAAGCGUUAAGCCAAGACCCGAUUCCCCUUCAGCCAUGAUUUGUGGUCAUUCUGGAGGGCUUUGCGAGGAGCCCAUAGCUGCUACACCCGGCCCAACCAUUGCAAGGACCCUUUAGAAAUACCCUGCUAUGAAGAGCUGUGCGCAUGAGAAGGUCCAGGUGGCCACCGCGGUGUCCCUGGUCAGGUGCAGCAGCAAUAGCAGCAGCCCUACUGCAGAACAACACGUAGAAGUGCAAUUUCUCAGCAGUUCCUUGGAUUCUCCUGGAUUAUUGAACUGUUUUUAAGUAAGAGAAAUUAUUAGAGCAAUGUAAUUUAAAUGGUGAGAUUUUAGCUUUGUGAAUCUUUUAAAUGGCAGUGACAGAAAGGAGUCCUCUUCAAGUAUUUCAUGUGCAGUAUCUCAUUAAUUUACAUUUUUAGUAUGGUUUUACUGGCCAAACUAUUUUACUUUUUCUGGAAAAUAUUUUUGUUCCCAUUUUUCUUCUGAAAAUUGUCAUUUGUAAUAUUUAAAUUUAGCUCUUUUAAUUUACAAUUUUAGGACCUUUCAUGUAGUUUAAAUUCCUAGCUGUCAUUCGUCACCUCAUAUUUAAAACAAAGUAACUAUUACAAAGUCUAUUUUGAUGAUUCAUGACAGUAGCUGCAUUUAAAAUAAAGUAUCUUUUUUUUUAUUAAUCUGCAUGGCCUUACUCUUUGUAGCUAUUGGACCAGAAAGCACCAACUAAGAGACUGAUGCAAAUCAAUGUUCUCACAAUUUGGGUCUUGUCCUGUUUUCACUCCCUUUUCUUCACAGCCGCCUCUUUCCCCCUCUCUCACAUCUGAGAAGGUUUGACAGAUUAUUUCUCUCUUUCUUUAUUUAUUUUUUUUUCUCUGUUUCCCUUCCCAAGUUCAUUUAUUUCACUAUUUACCUUUCUUUGACUUCCGGCCUCAGCCCUGGAUGCUUCUUCAGUGCCUGGAAGCCGCUGCAGAAGAGAAAAGCUGUAUUUUUUCAGCAUAAAAAAUACCCAGCGUAUUUUUUCUUAGCCAAGUUGGCCUUGUUGACCUUGUUGACCACGACCUGCCUUCGUUGGAAAGGCUGCAGUUCGGCCACGGCUGCGCCAGGAUGGCCUUGCCCUUUCCCUGGGGCAGCGGAAACAUUUUCCAACUGCACGAAUACUCCAGCAUGCAGUUAUUGACAUUUUGGACAGAGUGAGGCAAAUAACAAUAAUGUUGGUGUAAUUAUAGACCCGCGCCUUCCCGCAGAGUGGAGAGAUUCGCUUGUGACAGGUUGCAUUUGGUCCUGCAGCCACCGCGGGGGGAGAAGCACAAAGAAAGAAAAUGGUCAGGUAAGAGCCAUCCCUUGCCGCUGCGCAGCUUCUCGCCUCCUUCGGCAGCAGCGGGAGCAGUGCGUCACCAGCCAGGAGGGGGCAGGUAAGCAGGGUUUCAUUGUAAACCACAACAAUGGGCUGAAGUGGGAGUUGGUCCAGAUAAAGCAUUACCAUGGGGAUAAUUAAGUUAGGCAGCAGCCAAGUUCCUUCCUACCAAAAAAAGUCUCUCAAAGCAACCACCUCAGCCCCCUUCAGCAGCUGUGCGGCUGUGCUGUGCACCUCCUGCCUUGGGCAGCCCUGGCGGGGGCACCCACCAUCUGCAAAUGGGUUCCCAGAUGGCUGGUGCGGGCAGCGGAGGGCUGGAACAGGGUCACCCCUGUCAGCUCGCAGCGACCUCCAGCCCUUGCAGCGGUGUAAAACUGUGUGCCCACAGCUGGAGAGAGGGACGCUGCGCAAAUACCUGCUUCCUCGGGGGGACACGGGGGUGGCUGCUGCGUGUGGGAUUAAUUCCAGUCCUUGUUGCGGGUGAAAGGAUGGGCUGCACCAUCGUUUAAUUGUUAAUCGUCUCAUUAACCUGACUGCUCCCACGAGCGAGUGUGAAGCAGCAGCGGGUGCUGGUGCAGCUGUUCCCAGCUGUGCCCAGGGCUGCAAUCUGGUUUGGCCAGCAACUUGGCUGUGCUGUAGCCUUGCUCUGCCUCUUCUUUUUUUCCGUGGCCUUUAUGUUGUCUUUUUAAAAAACCAAAACCCAAACAAAGCCUCAAACAGGCAGAGCAGAAGUUUGCUGUAGUUACAGUCUGAGGCUGUUGACCUUUUGCUCCUGGUGAGGAAAUUUGGAGGCUGCUGUCAAAACCCGCUCAAUACGCGUGGUCUGUAAGCCUGCAGUAACAGACAAGAACGUAGAAUUGCUGGACCACCGAGUUGCAGCUGGAUUGUUCCUUACUAUAAGAAGAUCAAUAUUCCACCUCGCUCUUAUAUAAAUACUACACUUUUUUUUUUGUAUUUUUGUUUAAAAUUAGCAAUACCCAAGUUUGCAGCACUGUGUGCCUGCGCCAGUGGCUGAAGCCAGGGUUCGUGGGAUGCUGCCAGGACCCAGGGACCGGUGCUGGUUUCCAGGAGCAGAUGGAGGCAACAGCAGUUUGGUGAGUUUCAGUUAUUUCUGCAGUGAAAGAAUUUUUUUGGCUGUGUCUGUUGAGCACUGCAGCCGCACAGACGGGUCAGCACGUGAGAUCUAACCAAGCAGAGGGUGUUUGUCUCUUCAGUGAGCACCCGGCCCCGAAGCUGUUGAUUGCUCUCAGCCAGGCCCUGCAAGGGCUGCCUGGAAUUAGGUGGAAAUUCGUAGUUUUAUUCCCAUAUUUGAGUGUCCGCUCACAGCUGACCCUUGGGAAUUUGUCUGAGCAGGAAGCAUAGAAGGAAAAGCUUUAUCCCGGGUUAGAAGCUGUCGCAGCACUCGGUUUAUCAUACUGAGAAAUGUAUCAUUGGUAAAGAAACUGUGCCUGGGACUGAUUUUUAAGCCUCUGUGUCAAGUAUUUCUUUCUUGCUGCCUCAUGGAGUUGGUGGUGGCUGCAGCUGACAGCCAGAUGCCAAGAUCGGCUUUGCUCCAUGGCCGGUUCCUCCCACGUUUCCACGGUUGCCCUGUGCUGACCUGUUUGUGCCAGGGCUGAGGUGGGCACUCCGGCUCCUCGGCUUCCAGCAGCCAAAGUGCACAAUGUAAGUAACCAACACCCGAGAACAGCUUUGGCCUGGCUGGUUCCCACUUCUCUGCGAUACAUCAAUCAAUCUCGGAGCCCUUUUUUAGCCUUGACCCAGUACUGAGGUCGUGACAGGGCUCCGGUGUGGGGCAGUGUCACUGCAGCAGUGACAUGGGUUAAUGCCACCCAGGCCCUCGCUCGCCCCUUCCCCAGCAGCGGGUGAAAGCAGAAGACUCGUGGGUUGAGAUAAAGACAAUUUAAUACAUAAAGCAAAAGCCGCACAAAGCAAAGCAAGACUCACUGCUUCCCACCGGCGGGUGUUCAGCCAGCUCCAGGGAAGCAGGGCUCCAUCACGCGUAAUGCUGACAAUUGCUGUCAGUCCAAAUGUCCCCCCCUUCCACCUUCUUCCCCAGCUUAAUGUGCCAGGUGUGACACCCUAUGGUGUGGGACAUCCCCUUGGAGGCAGCUGUGUCCCCUCCCUGCUCCUGGCCCAGCCCUCCCUGGCGAGUGGUGUGAGGAGCAGGAAAGGCCUUGGCUCUGCAAGCCCCGCUCAGCAGGGACUGACGCGUCGGUGCGUUGUCAGUCACCGCUGUUUCCGUCCCCAAUCCAAAGCACGGCACCACUCGCUGUGGUGAAGACAAUUAGCUCUAUCCCAGCCCCAGCCAGUACAAGCAGAAUGUAGUUGUUCCGCUUUUUUUCCUGCAGAUUUUCUGGGGAGAACACGACAGCAGGGGCCUGGAAUCUGGCAGGAGCUG